UUGGACCGGUGGGAAUUGUGCGCGGGUCCGGUGCAGAUGAGAAGAUGGAUCCUUGCCUAAUAUUGCGAGCGACAUUUUUCGGAAUGAUGUUGCUGGGACUUCUUACUCCGGCACAAACUAAAUCGGGGUGUGUUUGCAGUGUGAAAUCAGGGUGCAACUGUCGAGGAAUCAAAGGACAAAAGGGUGAGAUGGGGUCACCUGGUUUGCCUGGUGUAGAAGGACUUCGGGGGUAUCGAGGAAAAGAAGGCCCUCCUGGAUUUCCCGGUGACAAUGGAAAUAUUGGAUUUCCAGGCAUGCCCGGACCUAAAGGUUUUAGGGGAGUUACAGGGACACCAGGAUUCUCUGGCCCACCAGGACUACCGGGGUUCCCUGGAAAAGAGGGGCCGAGGGGGCCUCAUGGUCUCGCAGGAUGCAAUGGAACAAAGGGUGAGCCUGGUGCCCCAGGUUUUAUAGGGCCGAUGGGAGCUCCUGGGUGGCAGGGAAUGCCAGGAAUCCAAGGACCUAAGGGAGAUAGCUAUUACUUGCCACCCUCUGGACAAGAGAAAGGACUUCGUGGUUUUCCAGGCAGAGAUGGAGAUAAAGGGUCACCGGGAUUGCCAGGGUUACCAGGACCAUUUGGACCAGAGGGGCCUAAAGGUUUUUCAGGAAUGGACGGCAUCCCUGGACCACGAGGAGAGAAGGGUCUAGAGGGUCGAAGCAUGGUAAUACCUGGACCCACAGGUCAAAAGGGGCAGAGGGGACCACCUGGUACACCUGGAAAAAAAGGCGUAAAGUUAUUUGUAACAGGACCAAAGGAGCCUAAGGGUGACUCUGGGGAUCCUGGAGACAGUGGAUGUCCUGGCCCAAGUGGUUUUCGUGGUCGUCCUGGUCCUAAGGGGAAGAAAGGGGAAAUUGGGGAGCCUGGGGGUCCGGGUAAACCCGGAAAGGAUGGGCUGCCAGGAGAGUCAGGACCUAAGGGAAUCCCUGGAGAAAGAGGAUAUCCAGGAGUUACUGGAAUAACAGGGGAAAAGGGUCUAAAGGGUGACCUCGGUUCCCCUGGUGUCCCUGGAGAGUUCAUUGUAAUAGAUAAUGGGAUCAAAGGUCAAAAAGGUUUUCCUGGGCCUCCAGGACCUCCUGGUCUACGAGGUAGUGAAGGUUUCAUCGGAAUUCCUGGAUAUGCGGGUCCUCCAGGAGCCAGCAUACCAGGACCUAUUGGAAAACCAGGUCCCCCAGGGUUUAGAGGUGUGAAAGGGGAAAGAGGAGAUCCUGCUCCUAACCGCACAGGGCCCAAAGGACAAGAUGGCCCACCAGGGGAAAGAGGACCCCCUGGUGACCCUGGACCUCCAGGAAUUCCAAAAGCCAACGCCCGCCUGGGAGCAAAAGGGUUCAAGGGUGACAGAGGCCUAACAGGCCCUCAGGGUCUGCGUGGAGAUCCUGGGAUACCAGGCGAGCAAGGAGAGCUUUGCAAGCUGUGUGCUACUUCUUUUGAUGAACCUGGACCUCCAGGACAACGUGGAGAUUCAGGCAACCCCGGAGAGCCAGGUGUUGGAGGAUAUCCAGGCAAUAAAGGAUGCCAAGGAUUCAAAGGUCCAGAUGGUCCAUCUGGUCCUCCGGGUAACUUAGGUCUUCCAGGACCUCCAGGGCCUCCAGGGCCCAAAGGAGACCAUGAGAUGAGGCAUGUGUUUGGGGAGAAAGGCCAGAAAGGAAACUGUGGUGCAGAAGGACCACUGGGGAUAAAUGGGCAAGACGGCAGGCCGGGCACCCCUGGCUUCAAAGGACCACCAGGAGCAAAAGGAAAUCCUAGUCCUCCAGGUCCUAAGGGCAACCAAGGAGAUCCAGGGAUUUGUGGGGAACUUGGCCGCCCAGGUCCAAUGGGCAGCCAAGGGUCAAUGGGUGUUGGGCGACCAGGGGCACCCGGAGAGAAAGGAAGUAUGGGAGUAGUUGGCCGGCAAGGAAAUCCCGGAGAUUUAGGUGAGAGAGGUUCUCCAGGGCAAGUACGAAUGACACCAGGAGACCCAGGUGACCCUGGACUGCCUGGUCCACCUGGUCAACAAGGACCUCCAGGUCAUGAUGGUUGUGGAGGACUUCAAGGAUUACCAGGAUUGAGUGGGUUAAAAGGAGAGAAUGGACCGUCAAUGCCAGGAGCUCCUGGAUUUACUGGUCCCAAAGGUGAUAAGGGUGUGAAAGGGAAACAAGGUCCACCUGGUUAUGGAAGUGUAGGCCGUCCUGGACCUCCAGGACCACCAGGAAAUCCAGGUCCAAAGGGUGAAAUAACAUUUGGCUCCCCGGGGCCCAAGGGUCGGCAGGGCUUGCCAGGAGAUGAAGGGAGCCUUGGGCAACGAGGAGUUUCUGGCCCCCCUGGAUUAUCAGGAUGCCCAGGUCAAAGAGGAAGAGAUGGAUCACCAGGAGAAAGUGGUGUGCGGGGUCUUGAUGGUUUGCCUGGAGUGGCUGGUGUUCCUGGAUGCUGUACGCCAGGAGCCAAAGGUGAUGAAGGGCCCUUAGGCAUUAAAGGGCUAGAUGGACCCAAUGGGAUGCCAGGGCUGAAGGGGCCACAAGGUGAAACUGGACCACCUGGACAGGGUGUACCUGGUAUAACAGGUGAGACUGGAAUACCUGGAAAAAUCGGAGAUGCUGGUUUGGUUGGUAUCCGGGGAUCAAAAGGUUUCCAAGGUCGGGAUGGUUCACCAGGCUUUCCAGGUACACGGGGAGAUCAAGGAAAUCCUGGAAUGACUGGUCCACCUGGAGUAGAUGGAAAUCCUGGACCACCGGGAUUCCCGGGACCCAAAGGUUUAAUGGGAAGGAAUGGAGUACCAGGAGAUGUAGGAAACCCCGGGAAUCCAGGAGACCAUGGGGCCUGUGGUCUCAAGGGACUGCCAUCAAAUGUUAUGAGUCCAGGGGAUCCUGGUGACCCUGGCCUACCAGGUCUUCUUGGUUUACCUGGCGCUAAAGGGGAAUUAGGACUCCCAGGCAAUUAUGGACAAUGUGGGAAGAAUGGAAUUCCAGGCAGAUCUGGUCCACCAGGCCCUCCUGGUGACCCUGGCCAGAACGGACUUCCUGGAAAUCGAGGUCCUGAUGGAUACUUUGGGGACCCAGGAGUUAUGGGGUUUCCAGGAGUAAAAGGCUUCAAAGGUUUACCUGGUGUUCGUGGGGGGACUGGGACUCCUGGUGUCCCAGGACCAAAUGGACCAAAGGGGAUCAAAGGUGAACCCAGCCCCCCUGGACCAGGGCCUCGAGGACAACCUGGUGAAAAAGGUGAGCCAGGCUUUCCAGGGCGUAGAGGGGAAAAAGGUGACAAGGGUAUAUAUGGGAUGAGCGGUCCCACAGGUUUAUCAGGGGCUCCUGGUGAAAGAGGCGAACCUGGAGUACCAGGAGUUCCAGGACCCCCUGGAGCUCCGGGUGAUGAAGGUUUAAAUGGGUUUCCAGGUCCACCUGGAUGUGAAGGACCCUGUGGUCCACCAGGUGUUCCUGGUUCAGCUGGAGAUCCUGGGCCUCCAGGACUUCGCGGAGACCAAGGCAAGGAUGGCUUUCCUGGACCAGCAGGGGAUAAAGGAGACAGAGGGCCCCCGGCAAUUGGAGCUCCUGGCCCACCUGGCAUCAAGGGUGAGAAAGGUACUAAAGGCUGUUCUGGACCCCCAGGGCCAUGUGGACCACCAGGACCCUAUGGUCCAGCUGGAGAUAUUGGUCCUCCGGGCCAUCUUGGGGAAAUAGGGCCACGCGGGUUUCCAGGUCCAUCUGGUGCCUGUAUCAAUGGUCCAAAAGGGGAGCAAGGACCUAAUGGAUCACCUGGCCUACAAGGACUCAGAGGACCACGUGGGCCUGCUGGUGACCCAGGUCCAGGCAUAAAAGGAGAUAAAGGCAACAUCGGGCCCCAGGGACAAGUGGGAUCACCUGGUUGUGCUGGUGACCGGGGACUUCCAGGGUUGCAAGGUAGAGAUGGAGAUCCUGGUUUCAAGGGUCCAAAAGGAAAUAUAGGGCCAUUGGGUUCUACUGGGCCAGUCGGCCAAAAAGGACAAUGUGGUCCAAUUGGGCCUCCUGGAUUAAAAGGUUGUAAAGGAACUCCUGGAACUAAAGGGCCUAAAGGGUGUGAUGUUGUGGCUCAGGUCAUGACUCUCCCAGGAGACCCUGGUUUCCCUGGACAAGUCGGGGAAAAAGGAGAACCAGGAGAACAAGGAUCUCAAGGGCUACGAGGUCCAGAAGGAACACAAGGUCAAAGGGGAAGCAGAGGUACAGAUGGAGGUGCUGGACGAAAAGGGGCACCUGGACGAAAAGGAGACACUGGCCCAAAAGGAACAAAAGGUUUUCCCGGUUUGUCAGGCGAAGUGGGUCCCAAGGGUUCACAAGGUCCAUCUGGCACAAAAGAUGGAUUCCUUUUUACCAAGCAUAGUCAGAAAACAUCGUUACCAGCCUGUCCUCCUGGGUCAAAACAUGUAUACUUUGGAUAUUCGCUUCUCUUCAUCAACGGCAAUAACCGCGGACAUGGACAAGACCUAGGAACUGUGGGAAGCUGUUUGCAAAUGUUCUCCACCAUGCCUUUCCUGGUGUGCAAUCCCAAUGACACAUGUUACUAUGCCUUUCGAAAUGAUUACUCCUAUUGGCUGGCUACAGACACACCGAUGUCUCCCGACAUGGGAUUAAUAUCUGGUGGUUUGUUGGCUAAUUAUAUCAGCAGGUGUUCAGUAUGUGAGGCGCCAACUAAUGUAAUAGCAGUUCACAGCCAGACCAUGGAAAUCCCAGCGUGCCCUAGAGGAUGGCUUCCACUAUGGAAAGGUUACUCCUUUGUAAUGCAAACGGGUGCAGGUGCAGAAGGUUCCGGGCAGCCGCUGAUUUCUCCUGGAUCCUGUCUGGAAGAAUUCCGGAAGAUUCCCUUCAUAGAGUGUCAUGGUCGUGGCACCUGCAACUUCUAUCCUGAUUCCUUCAGCUUCUGGCUUGCAUCACUUGAUCCUAGCAGAAUGUUCAGUAUUCCAAUCCGCCAGACAGCAAGACAGCAAGACAUCAGCCGCUGUCGGGUCUGUAUGAAGCAGUAGUUUUUAAGUCAGAGCUAGGUGGCCUUAGUAAAAGACUUGAGCUAUGAACUUCCAUUCGCAGACUUGUGUAAUGUCAGUAAGAUCUGUUAAGUCAGCCCUCAAGUGCUUCACCUGAAACAACUGGAUAAAUAGUUCUGCCCCACGAGUGAGUGUCAUUAUGUUUGCUGUAGUCCAGUCCAGGAACAGUUCACUCAGAAACGAACAUUUGCUAAAAAAUAUACUCGCACUCAGGCCAAGAUGUAGAUGAGUCUUAAUCAGAACCAGAUUUGGAGAAACCGGUCAUUACAUCACUUGCUCACCAAUGGAUCUUCUGCAGUGAAUGGGUGCCGUCAGAAUGAGAGUCCAAACAGCUGAUAAAAACAUCACAAUAAUCCACACCACUCCAGUCCACAAGCUGUGAAGUGAUAAAUUGCAUGUUUGUAAGAAACAAAUCCAUCGCUUCUGGCCAAGAUACAAGCCCAUAAUCCAUAAUAACACUUCCUUCAGUGAAACAGUCCAUCUUUUGUUGACGUCUCACAUCAACAUUUGGUUAGUCAGUUGUUUUGCACCAAAAAUACCUUCAUAGUUUUCACUUUUAAAUGGUGCUUGAUCUGUGCAUAUUUCUGUCCUGAUUCAGAAGAGACUUUUUUUUUUUUUCACUGGAGAAAGCAAUAUUAUAGAUAGAGGACUCAUAUUUCAGCUGAAAACAAUGGUUUUCAAUGGCCAGAAUUGUGUGGAUUACUUUUAGAUUGAGAUGUUUUUUUUAUCAGCAGUUUGGACUCUCAUUCUGACGGCACCCAUUCACUGCAGAUAAAUAAGCAAACUCCUCUACAUCCUAAAUGUUGAAGGUGAGUACAUUUUUAGAAAGUUUUCAUUUUGGGAUGAACUAUUCCUUUAAUGAGUGGAAUGAUACAGUUAUGGGUGAAGCAGUUGUUUGUUUUUUAAACACUUUUCAGCCAUUUCAGCAUUCUUUGUUUUGGAUUCGCUAAAUCCAAGGUACCACUACCAGCCCAGUGUUUUUCACUUCCAAGAAUUCUUCAGCAUUCUUUUCUUUUUCUUUGACAUGUCCAGCACUUAUAAAUGUGUUUUUCUCUCAAAAUGACUCGUAACAGAAUUUGGAGUGACUUCAGUUCAGCUACUUCUCAUUACUAAACUAUUUUUCAUUUGUAGUUAAUUAGGAAUGACUUUUGUGUGUGGGAAUAGCAAUAGUAGGCCAUUAGAAAAUCCUGGCUAGAUUCAAGUGAGCAUUGAGAAACCGGCUCGGUGAAUAAUAAUUUGAGCUCAGAUUGCUCAUAUUGAGCAUGAACUGUGUAUAAUUAAUUUGGUAUUUAAAACAGAAACAAAAUAGUUCAUCUAUGCUCUAGUAAUGCUACUGAAAAAUAGUUUAGUAAUUAAAGUUUAAAUAUUUUGUUCAUUUUUGUCAUUAUUAAUUGUUAACUAAUACACUUGACGUUAAUGUCUUCCUUAGUAACACUCUAUAAACAAAUAUGUUAAUGUUACUAAUAAUCAAAUAGUAAUAAAUUGCAAAGAGUCUUCUGAAUUCCCAUAUAUAUAUAUAUAUAUAUAUAUAUAUAUAUAAAUCCUUUAAGUAAUUCCCUAAAUAUCAUGAAUUAAAAUUCAGUAGUUCCCUGCUUAUGUAUUUUGGAUGUGGGUGCAAUUGUCAGUGUAAGCCAGGUGUGCUUAUCAUUUGGACUAUGAUUUUCCGCUUUAGUAUACAAAUACUUUACUAUAGAUAUACCUGCUAUUAGGACUUUAUUCAAGAAAGAAUUAAAGUCUUGUUUCUUAUUGUUCAAAACUGCUUGUCCAAAGCUGUUUUUGGUGCUGAGGUUUUGCAAAUGUUAUAUAAGCUUGUUCAUAUUUAACGAGUUAAUGGUGCUAUUUGUUAGAUUAUGAAAAAGGAAAAGAAACUUGAGAAAUGUUGAGACAGAGACAAAGUGUGUUUAUGUGUAGUCAUUAUGUGAAUUUACCAGACACUUAUUAUAGCAUUGCAUUAAGGAGCUUUCCCCAUGACUCGUAUUCAGUUGUAAUCAAUUGUAUACUGUAAACAGGAAUUGUAAUGAAUUAUUACAUGUAAAAUCUUGUCAACGCCAAAUCAACUGAGAAAUUAGGAGUGUAGUCUUGACAACACUUCCUCUACAUAAAAAAAUGAAAACUGUCGUUAUCGUGUCGUCACCUGCUUUAUCGCAGAUCUAUUGCACUCAGUCAGGUGUAUAUUUCUGGUCUUUUUCUGUACUAAACGACAUAAAGCUCACAAAUAAUGUGUUUUGUGCUUUCAUAAUUGCAACUAAAAUCAAGAUUGCACAUGUUUAGUAUAGAAAUUAAUGGUCUCUUUUUUGACUGCAGUGUUUAAUAGCUCAAGAACGGUAUAAUAGAAAAUCCUAUAAUGGUUUUUGUCAGAAUAAUAAAAAAAAUGUGUAUAUUUUGAAUAUUUCUGUAGAAAAUGUCUAUGUAUAGUAUAAGAUCCCAAUAACAUCUCAGUUCUCUUCUAUACAGAUUUUAAUUGGCCAAUUUUAUUUUAUUUUUUAUACUCCAUCAGGCCAUAAAUAAAGAAUAUUGUGUUUGGAUGUGUAGUAACAUUGCACUAAUUGAAUAAAUAAUCUUUUGGAUGAAAUGUA